AUGUCAAAUACUGUCUUAGAAAGAAUAUCGUGGUAUUCUGAUUUGGUCGCGACAUAUCUAAGAAUUGCCCUUAAUCCUAGUAGUGCCCUUAAUUCUUUCCUUUUUCAGCUCAGUAUGCCUGUGUAUAUCUGGAGGUCAUUGAUAGUUGCAGUGUGCGAAGAUUGUGUAGCGUGUUUCAAAUUACAUGGCAGUGGUGAGAAAUUCCCAUUUUGGAUACGUACGCUCUUGGAACCGGUCCUUGAUGAUAACACAACCAUCGUUUGGCCGUGGCAUGAAGAAAGAAAAGGGCAAUGUAGGAUUCUAGGCUUGCAAGUGUUUUUGCAACAUAACUUUAUGAAACUUGGAACAUCUUGA